UUGUAAUGAACAGAAAUCUCCAUUUUGACAUAUUGGAGCCGCAGAUAAAUGUACUCUAGCAAACAUAUUUUAAAUUGAUUUCAUGCAGACUAGAAAUGACCUUUUUUUUUUAAUAAAUAUAUAGAUACUGCUUCGUACUCACCGCGCCUGCGCACUGACCCAAUCUUGCGCUGCUGUUUUUUUGCCUUUGGGUCGAUCGGAUUUGCUUGGGAAACUUGGGUUUGCUUGGGAAAAGCAACUCCCGGAGCUGCCAUGAAUGUGCCGACAGACAGAGCACCGCAUCGCACAAAAAGCAACAUCUGCUAAAUGAAAUAAGGUGCAUUCAUCAUUUGUAUUCGUUGUGCAUGCGAGGCGAGACAAUUGAUCCUGCGGUGGCUGAUGUUCUCCAGUUUUGAGAUGAUCUAUUUUUGUGAUGGCGAAGGCACUGUUUCCACGGGCCUGGGUGAAGAGGUCAUUCUAUUUCCAGGCUCGUAUUUCCUUCGUAAGGGUGAAAUACUUGUUCCUCACCUGGCUGACGGUGCUGGUGGGAAGCUGGGUACUAUACGUGCAAUACUCGGCCUACACGGAGCUGUGCAGAGGACACCAGUGCAAAAACGCCAUUUGUGACAAAUACAAGCGAGGAAUCAUUGAUGGCUCGGCCUGUAGCAGCCUGUGUGACAAAGACACAUUCUACAUGAGCAGAUGUCUGUCAACGCUCCCGAACAACCAGGUGUACACCGGAAGUUGGGGAGAUCACGAAGGGAUCAUUCGCUGUCAUUUGGGGAAAGUGGCGCACUAUGAGAUUGGCGAGGAGCCGGAGCCACACCGUGAGGUGCCUAUCUUCGAUACUCCUACCAAAGGCACGUCGGUGGAGAAGUUCCGAGAAAUGGUUUUUAAUCACAUCAAGUCCAAGCUCGGAGAUCAGCCCAACCUCAGCGCCCUGGUGAACGUGAUCUUGUCCGUGGCGGACGGCAACAAAGACGGAAAAGUGUCCCUGCCGGAAGCUCGCUCCACGUGGGCCCUCCUGCAGAUUGAUGAGGUGCUUCUGGGCCUGCUGCUUCAGGAACGCGGGCACACGCCGCGCCUCCUCGGCUACUGCGGCGACCUCUACAUGACCGAAAGGGUUCCUCACAAGCCCCUGUACGGCUUCUCGGUCCCCUGGCCGCUGGUCUCCUGGGUCCCCGGUGGCUUACAGCGCACCAUGGACCAGUGGUUUACCCCCUCGUGGCCUCGCAAAGCCAAGAUCUCCAUGGGUCUCCUGGAGCUGGUGGAGGACGUCUUCCACGGCACGUACGGCAGCUUCCUCAUCUGCGACCUGGCGGCGGUCCGCUUCGGCUACACCGACGGUCACGAGCUGCGUCUCACCGAUGCCCGGGCGGUGGUGCCGGAAAGCCAGUUCCGGCGGGGGAUGCGGGCGCGGCGCUGCGUGACAGACGCCGACUGCGUGUACGGCGCAGACUGCCGGACGUCGUGCGACGGCGUCGAGAAACGCUGCAGGGAGGAGCCCGUCCGGCCCAAUUUGGCCAAAGCGUGCAGUACGCUGAAGGACUACCUGCUGCACGGGGCGCCAUCCACCCUGCGGGAGGAGCUGGAGAGGCAGCUGUACGCUUGCAUGGCCCUCAAGGGCGACGCUGGCCAGUUGAACAUGGAGCACUCGCUGCUUCUCAACAACUUGAAGGCUCUGCUGUGGAGACAGAUCUCGCACACCAAGGACUCAUGACCGCGUCUCAUCUGACCAUGCUGUGAUACUAGAGCAUUACACUACUCAUCCAAAAAUGUCAAUUGAGUUCUCACCUUUUGCACGGACUUGUCCAACUGUUCAAUAACAAAAGAGCUGAACGGAAGGAAUCACAACAGAUUAACCACACGCACGCACACACACACACAAUUGGGAAAACUGAAAACACUCUAAUUCACGUGUCUUAAUUUUUUUAAUUAAUUUGGGUUUGUGUAGUAUCAACUAAAUGUAAGGUCCCCAUUUAAUGUGAUGACUUUUGCAUGCUUAUUUUUGUCAACGUACUCAUGAAUAUGUUGAAACUUAGCGGGUUAGGUACUCAUGGAAAAAUGUCUUGUGGAUGUUCCAUUCUAAUUCUUUUUUGGAAGUGUCAAAACUAACAGUGAUUCAUGAUGGUUUUGUUCCACAUUUUGAAGCCAAAUGCUUCUUCACUGUCACAUUUUUAUUGGAUUUGGUACUCAGUGGGACAUUUUGGACUUUGCUAAGCAACUGGGCGGUCAAUCUACAAUAUAGAAGCACAAUUGUUGCCUUGUGACACUUUUUGGGCCUUGAGUAUUUGGACUACGCAUUAACUCACAGAUCACAGAGCUUUAUAAUCAUUUGUGAAUGUUAGCUGCUCUUUUUUUCUCGAGAAAAAGAACGAGCUCGUUAUCAUACUGCAUCCGUUUUGGGUUUCACCCAUCACUGUGCCAUAAAACGUGAAGUAGUUGUCCGAAUGUGCUGAGUGAAGAUCUGUGGCUGCACUUGAAGGCAAAGAAUGCACGAGGUCCUUUGAAGUAACUUUUGAAAAUUCAUCUGUGGAAAAAGCUGAAGGAGUGUUCAAUGCUGCUGUGUGGAGUAAGAUGUUCAAACUGAAAAAUACAUUGCAUGAUUUUGCACAACUGCAAAUACAGUACACACUAUUUUGCUGUCUUUAA